AUGACAAGCCGGAGACCGGUGGCAAUGCCGGGCUCACUGUCGCUCUCGGACCGUCCACCGGCUCCAGGUCACGGGCACGCUGCUGCCGGUGAGACGAUGCUGGUGUCCGGCUCAGGGUCUGUGCUCCUGCCGGCUGGGGUUAUCCAUCCAGCGGUUCCCAUCCGGAAUAUAAGGAUGAAAUUUGCAGUACUCAUCGGACUUAUCCAGGUCGGAGAGGUUAGCAACCGGGAUAUUGUGGAAACGGUCUUGAAUCUGCACAGUGCUGAACUAAUCAAUUCUGAUCACAGCCUAUUUACUGGAGAAGAGAUCUUCAGCAGAGCCAGCCGGCUCUUCAUCAGAGAGCUGAACUGCCUCAUUCCUAUCUUGGUGGGUGGUGAAUUUGAUCUGGAGGCGAACUUUAUAGUCCAAGACUCCGAGAGCAUUGGCUGCAUGGUGGAGCUGUUGGAGCACUGUGAAGUCACUUGCCAGGCUGAAAUCUGGAGCAUGUUUACAGCUAUCCUUAGAAAAAGUGUCCGAAACCUGCAAACAAGCACAGAAGUGGGACUCAUCCAACAGGUGUUGCUCAGAAUGAGUUCUGUGGAGGACAUGAUUGCAGACCUGCUGGUGGACAUGCUGGGUGUACUGGCCAGCUACAGCAUCACAGUGAAGGAACUGAAGUUGUUCUUCAGCAUGUUACAAGGGGAAGGAGGUGUCUGGCCGAGGCACGCAGUCAAAAUGCUGUCGGUGCUGAAUCAGAUGCCCCAGAGGUACGGUCCAGAUGCCUUCUUCAACUUUCCUGGCCGCAGCGCCGCAGCGAUUGCUUUACCUCCCAUUGCGAAGUGGCCUUAUCAGAAUGGCUUUACAUUCAACACCUGGUUCAGAAUGGAUCCACUAAAUAAUAUAAACGUUGACAAGGACAAACCAUAUCUUUACUGCUUUCGUACCUGCAAAGGGAUUGGCUACUCUGCGCAUUUCGUUGGAAACUGCUUGAUUGUAACAUCACUCAAGUCGAAAGGAAAAGGUUUCCAGCAUUGUGUAAAGUUUGAUUUUCAACCCAGAAAGUGGUACAUGAUCAGCAUAGCUCACAUCUACAGCCGCUGGAGGAACAGCGAAAUCCGAUGCUAUGUGAAUGGACAGCUUGUUUCCUAUGGGGACAUGGCAUGGCACGUCAACACAAAUGAUAGCUAUGAUAAGUGCUUCCUGGGGUCCUCAGAGACGGCGGACGCUAACAGAGUAUUCUGUGGGCAGUUAGGAGCAGUCUAUGUGUUCAGUGAGGCCCUUAAUCCUGCGCAGAUAUUUGCAAUUCAUCAGCUCGGACCAGGCUAUAAGAGUAUCUUUAAGUUCAAGUCAGAGAGUGAUAUCCACUUAGCGGAGCAUCACAAGCAGGUGUUGUAUGAUGGCAAAUUGGCCGGCUCGAUUGCCUUUACGUAUAACGCCAAGGCCACCGACGCCCAGCUUUGCCUCGAGUCCUCUCCUCGUGAAAACGCCUCCAUAUUCGUGCACUCACCACACGCCCUUAUGCUUCAGGAUGUGAAAGCCACAGUGACUCACUCCAUCCACAGUGCCAUCCACUCCAUCGGCGGGAUCCAGGUGCUCUUUCCACUCUUUGCACAGCUGGACUAUCAUCAGCUGAAUGACAGUAGGGUGGAAACUACAGUCUGUGCCACUCUCCUGGCUUUUCUGGUUGAGCUGCUCAAGAGUUCUGUGGCCAUGCAGGAGCAGAUGUUGGGAGGAAAAGGCUUUUUGGUGAUUGGAUACCUGCUGGAGAAGUCUUCUCGUGUCCAUAUCACCAGGGCAGUACUAGAGCAAUUCCUCUCUUUUGCAAAAUAUCUGGACGGUCUGACUCAUGGAGCACCCCUCCUCAAGCAGCUGUGUGACCACAUUCUGUUUAAUGCUGCUAUUUGGAUCCAAACACCUGCCAAGAUACAACUGUCUUUAUAUACUUACCUUUCUGCUGAGUUCAUUGGCACAGCAACCAUCUACAACACGAUUCGUCGAGUUGGCACGGUCCUUCAGCUUAUGCACAUGCUGAAGUACUACUACUGGGCCAUAAACCCAGCAGAUAUCAGUGGCAUCACUCCAAAAGGUCUUGAUGGUCCACGGCCAACACAGAAAGAAGUCAUUUCUCUGCGGGCAUUCAUGCUUCUCUUCCUCAAGCAACUAAUUCUAAAGGACCGAGGUGUGAAGGAAGAUGAAUUACAGAGUAUCCUGAACUAUUUGCUAACAAUGCAUGAGGACGACAAUCUGCAUGAUGUGUUGCAGUUGGUGGUAGCCCUUAUGUCUGAGCAUCCAGCAUCUAUGAUCCCUGCUUUUGACCAGAGAAAUGGAAUAAGGGUAAUCUACAAGCUCUUGGCAUCGAAGAGUGAACACAUUCGUGUACAAUCACUCAAAGUACUUGGGUACUUCCUGAAGCACUUGGGACACAAGAGGAAGGUGGAGAUCAUGCACACACACAGCCUUUUUACUCUUCUGGGCGAGAGGCUCAUGUCGCACACAAACACUCUGUCCGUUACAACGUACAACACUCUUUAUGAGAUUCUCACAGAGCAGGUGUGCACACAGGUCGUUCACAAACCCCAUCCAGACCCCGACUCCAAUGUCAAGAUUCAGAACCCAAUGAUUCUCAAGGUAGUUGCAACUUUAUUGAAAAACUCAACUCCCAGCACAGAGCUGAUGGAGGUCCGGCGGCUCUUCCUGUCAGAUAUGAUCAAACUCUUCAGCAACAGCCGAGAGAACAGACGGUGCCUGUUGCAGUGCUCUGUUUGGCAGGACUGGAUGUUUUCUCUGGGAUACAUCAACCCAAAAAACUCAGAAGAGCAGAAAAUUACAGAGAUGAUGUACAACAUAUUUCGCAUUCUGCUCUAUCAUGCCAUCAAGUAUGAAUGGGGAGGAUGGCGUGUGUGGGUGGACACACUCUCCAUAGCCCACUCUAAGGUUACAUAUGAGGCACAUAAAGAAUAUUUAGCCAAGAUGUAUGAAGAGUAUCAGCGACAGGAAGAGGAGAAUAUUAAAAAAGGGAAGAAGGGCUUGGUCAGCACUAUCUCUGGUCUAUCUGCUCAGACCUCUGGUAUUAAAGGUGCUAUUGAGAUCAGAGAACUGGAUGAUAACUUGCAGACACCCGAAAGCGAGACUGAUUAUGAGGCUGCCGACUCGCGAAACCUGCUGUCUGACGAAAAGGGGUGCGAGGAGAGUUUUGUGAGUAAAGAGGUUACUGUUAAUGGGGUCAGCGUUGAAGUUCAUGACCUGCUUGUGGACAUCAAAGCUGAAAAGGUGGAGGCCACAGAGGUAAAGUUGGAUGAUGUUGAUUUGUCAAUUGAAACUCUGGGGGUUUCUGAGAAUGGGCCUCUGGUGGAAGUGGAUUCUUUGUUGGAUAACGUUUAUUGUGCUGCAGUGGAAAAACUCAACAGUGACGUCGGCACUAUGUUGUUACCAAAGGACAGUAUGGAUGAGCAGAAUGCUGCCCCGCUCAUUAUGCUGGAUGACGACAAGGACAGCAUCCCUCACAGCAACAACUUCCUGUUUGUAAAGCCACCAGAGAACAAGUUACUACCUGAUCUCAGUCCAGCUGAGUGUGUGGUUCCACCCAGCCCAGAGUUGCCUGCUCAUACCAGCCCUCGUGUGGAACUUAGCCUUAUAGGUCAUGUGAUAGGAAGUACCUUGCCCAUUAUCCUGGAGAAGGAUGAGAUGCAGACAAACCUUGAAGGCAUUAACUCUGAGGCUGGCACUGAAAAUGAGAACUCCAAACUCCUGAAGGCCACCGAGGGCACAGCUGCAUCUGGGAGGGAAACGGUGACUGAUAAGACCAGCUGUGCAGUAGAUGCAACAAACAACACUUGUGAUUCUGAGAGAUCAGAUGAUGGGAAAGAUAAGGAGAGGAAGAAGAUUCAGACAACCGCCACCACACAGACUGUGCAUGGCCGCCUCGUCUCUCAGGCAGAAAGGGACAUACGUGUGGACCUCGGCUUUAGGGGGGUGCCCAUGACAGAAGAACAACAGAGUGAGUUCAGCCCUGGUCCACGCACUACAAUGUUCCGUAUCCCGGAGUUCAAAUGGUCAGCCAUGCAUCAGAGACUACUCACCGACCUGCUAUUUGCACUGGAGAGUGACGUCCAUGUCUGGAGGAGCCACACCACCAAAUCUGUCAUGGACUUUGUUAACAGUAACGAGAACAUAAUCUUUGUCCACAACACCAUACAUCUCAUCUCACAAAUGGUCGACAACAUCAUUAUUGCUUGUGGAGGGAUUCUGCCCCUUCUCUCGGCAGCCACUUCUCCUUCUAUGGAGUUGGAGAACAUCGAGGCUACGCAGGGUAUGUCCUCAGAGACCGCCAUCACUUUUCUAUCUCGUCUCAUGGUAAUGGUAGAUGUCUUGGUCUUCUCGAGCUCGCUCAACUUCAGUGAGAUUGAAGCCGAGAAAAACAUGUCCUCUGGUGGCCUGAUGCGCCAAUGCCUCAGACUGGUAUGUUGUGUAGCAGUAAGAAACUGUCUAGAGUGCAGGCAGAGACACAACCCUAGGACACAGGAGAUCCUACAAAAUGCUGCGACCUCCAGCAAGACGGCCAUGGAGACUGUCCCUACUGACCUCUGUCCGAUCAAGGAUCCUGACCGCCUUCUGCAGGAUGUGGACAUCAACCGACUCCGCGCUGUGGUGUUUCGGGAUGUGGAUGACAGCAAACAAGCCCAGUUUUUGGCUUUAGCUGUGGUAUACUUCAUCUCUGUCCUCAUGGUCUCCAAAUACCGCGACAUCCUUGAGCCUCAACGUGAGACUUCAAAGAUGAGCUGCCAGCCAGGUCGCAGUGUGCACCAGAGUAUCAACUCUCCAACCAGCACAGAUACUCCAACACUUUUUCAAAGCAAUGAAAAUCUUGUUUUAUCAGAAGACCUCCGCUUGGAAAUCUCCUUACCCCGCACAGACUCUGUGAUAGGAGAUGAGCAGGUAGUCAGUGUCCUUAAUGGGCCUCACUGGGAUCACCGGGCGGGGGGACCUUGUGCCAUGGGUGAGCUCAUCUCCACGCUAUGCACAGAGGGCAAGAGGUCCAAAGACAACUUGUCUGAAUCUCCCAAUGUAGAGAUGCUUAAACCAUCACCCUCUAAUACCAGCAUCAGUCAGUCCAACAAGGGCAUUAAUGUCAAGGAGAUUUUGAAGAGCCUUGUAGCAACUCCACAAGAGGGCCUGGAGGCUGGACUGGAGCCUGUGUGCUACCCUGACCCAGCUACCAAGGCACAGGCUGUGCUGCCAGUGCAGUUUCACUCCUUUGACAGGAGUGUGGUACUGCCUGUGAAGAAAAGCUCCUCUGGCAGUUUAGCGGGUGACCCACUCGGAACCAGCAGCAGCACCCCCCCCGGGCCCACAGCCACCACCACUCCCAACAUCUUCGCCACUGCUUCUGCAACACCCAAAAGCAUGAUCAACACUACUGGAGCUGCUGAGACGGUCCCUGCCUCUUGCUCCUCUAAUUUUGUCAAUGGAGCUACAAGUAAAAAUCUUCCAGCUGUGCAAACCGUGGCCCCCAUACCUGAAGACACAGUGGAAAGCACAAGUGUCUUUUGUGAAGUAACCCACAAUCCACAGCGUAAGAGACUGACACCUCCUGAGCUCAAACCCUUUAGCUCUCCAACAGGAUUACAGGCAGCCUCCAGAGAUGCAGGCCAUAUCACUACAAAGCUGGAAAGGGCCUUGGAAAAAGUAGCCCCUCUGCUAAGGGAAAUCUUUGUUGACUUUGCACCUUUCCUAUCACGCACCCUUUUGGGCAGCCAUGGACAAGAGCUGCUCAUAGAAGGUUUAGUAUGUAUGAAGUCAAGCACCUCAGUGGUGGAGCUCGUCAUGCUGCUUUGUUCUCAGGAAUGGCAGAACUCAAUUCAGAAGAAUGCUGGUCUGGCAUUCAUUGAGCUAAUCAAUGAAGGAAGGUUGCUGUGCCAUGCUAUGAAGGACCACAUUGUCCGGGUUGCCAAUGAAGCUGAAUUCAUCCUCAACAGACAGCGAGCGGAGGAUGUCCACAAGCAUGCUGAAUUUGAGUCCCACUGUGUCCAAUAUGGAACGGAUAAAAAAGAAGAAGAGAAGAUGUGUGACCACCUGAUCAGUGCUGCUAAACACCGAGACCAUGUGACAGCCAACCAGUUAAAGCAGAAAAUUGUCAACAUCCUGACCAAUAAGCACGGUGCCUGGGGCACACCGGGCCAGAGUCAGCUGCACGACUUCUGGCGUCUCGAUUACUGGGAGGAUGACCUGAGGCGGAGGAGGAGAUUCGUCCGAAACCCUCUGGGCUCCACCCAUUUAGAUGUUGCAUGCAAGUCCCUGCAGGAGUAUGGCUUAAAGGAGAAUGGCUCUGUCAAAUCCAAGAUGGUUUUCAGGAGCCCAGCUGUGGCCAGUCCGAAUCCUGAGACCGAACUGAUUCUAGAUGGAGACGAUGAUAAUGUGAGCCUGCUACAGGAGAAGGAGACGGACAACCUGGGAGGCCCAGUGGUGCUGAGCAGCCCGGCCCAGCUGGUCGCGCCUGUCCUGCUGGCCCGCGGAACUCUGUCCAUCACCACCUCUGAAAUCUACUUUGAGGUGGACGAAGAUGACCCUGCCUUCAAAAGGGUCGACCCGAAGUUGGUGUGUGUGUGUGUGUGUGUGUGUGUGUGUGUGUGUGUGUGUGUUGCUUAA